AUGAGCAACCUCGAGAAGACUCUAUUCCAACUUAAAUUCACCGCCAAGUCUUUGAAUCGACAAGCGAAGAAAGCACAGAAAGACGAAGGAUCGGAGAAAGCCCGUUUGAAGAAGGCACUCCAGCAGGGCAACACAGACGGUGCGCGGAUAUACGCCGCGAAUGCCAUUCGGAAGAAGAACGAGUCACUCAAUCUCUUGAGGCUAUCAAGCCGUGUGGACGCCGUCGCGAGCCGCGUAGAGACCGCGGUGACGAUGCGCCAGGUGUCAGGCAACAUGACUUCUGUUGUACGAGGCAUGGACAAAGCCAUGGAGAGCAUGAACCUCGAGCGUAUCUCCCUUGUGAUGGAGAAGUUUGAAUCGCAGUUUUCCGAUCUGGACGUCCAAACAUCCUACAUGGAAGAGACUAUGUCCAAUACCACUGCUGUUUCCACACCGCAGGACGAAGUUGAAGCCUUGAUGAAGCAGACCGCGGAAGAGGCGAACAUUGAACUGCAACAAGAUCUCGCUUCGAAGGAAUUUGCGUCUGUGCCAGAUCUCACCCAGAAGGAGAAGAUCGGUGAGGAGGACGACAAGUUGGCGGCGCGGUUGCGGGCACUGCGGCCCGCUACAUGA